AUGGCAAACAAGGAAGCGUCAUUGAUCAAUGGGUUUCGUAAAUGUGGCUUAUGUCCAUUCGAUGCGAAUGCACUAGAUUACGAAUUAUUUCCUAAACCUUUCGAUAGACCUUCAUCCCUCACAGAAAAUGUACCAUCCGCUGAUGACUGUCAAGCCCCAGAGAUGGAUAGAAAUUUGCACUUCAUGCAGAUGAUGAACAAAAAGUUGACACCAGAGAAGCUAUCUCUAUUUCGAGAACAGCGUAAUAAUCUUAUCUGGUCAGGACCAGUGGAGGAUACAACAAUGUUUUAUUUUUGGCGUAAUACGAUGGAUGAGAUCGAAGGCCUCCCGGAAUUCAUAAUAAUCGAUGCACCGUUUGUCAUGAUAGAAGGAGAUCACGCUUCAUUCGCCGACGAUUCCGCUAAUUCAUUGAAUAAUGAAGCGACUAAUACGACAGAAGAUUCGUCUUUCAUCAAUGUUCCUGGACCCGAUGUGUCCGAUUUUAGCAACAACUUAAGCCAUGAUUCAGAAAAACCAGAAGCAGAAGCAGAAUUAUGUGAACCAUAUCAAGAAACGACCCGGGUAGAAACCGAGCCAAAUCACCUUGGUAAUAUCUCCAAUACUCAUAUGGGAGUUGUAGGAAACAGACAGAAGAAAACAAAACGGAAAUUUCCAGCUGUAGCAACCAGCGAAGGAUGGGCCGAAAUAUAUAUACAGGGAGAACAAGAGAAGAUGGAAAAAGAGAAUGCAAAAAAAACGACGAAUUGA